AUGUUGUUCAAAACUCUCAUUAAAACCGCUUUAUUAGCUCAAGCUAUUGCUGCUCCAGUUGCCCACCAACAUCACCAACACAACAAUGAAAAGAGGGCAGUUCAAGUCGUCACUGAGACUAACAUCGUUGUUGUAACUGUUGCUGCUGGUGCUGCCACUACUACUUUCCCAGCUGCUACCUUACCAAGUCCAGCUGCUGAUGUUUCCGUCAGUGAAGUUCAUGACGCUCCACAAGCUGCUCCAUCUGAAACUCCAAGUUACACUGCCGCAGCUGCUUCAUCUCAAGCUUCAGCUUCACCUGACGCUAGUUCAAUUGGUGCCGGUGGUGCCAAGGGUAUCACUUAUUCUCCUUAUGCUGACAAUGGUGCUUGUAAAUCUUAUGACCAAAUUGCUUCUGACAUUGCUAUCUUAUCUGGUUUCGAUAUUAUCAGACUUUAUGGUGUUGACUGUGACCAAGUUGGUUCUGUCUUAAAGGCUAAGUCCAGUUCUCAAAAGGUCUUUGCUGGUAUCUUCUAUAUGGACCAAAUUGAAGCUGGUGUCCAAACUAUCGCUGAUGCUGUUAGCGCCAACGGUUCUUGGGAUGAUAUCUACACUGUUUCUGUCGGUAACGAAUUAGUUAACUCCGGUCAAUGUGGUCCAGCUCAAAUUGCUCAAUACGUUGCCACUGCUAGAAGUGCUCUUACCGCUGCUGGUUACACUGGCCCAGUUGUUUCCGUUGAUACUUUUAUUGCUGUUAUCAACAACCCAUCAUUAUGUCAAUACUCCGACUACAUCGCUGUUAACGCUCAUGCUUUCUUUGAUGGUCACUAUACUGCCCCAGAUGCCGGUGCUUGGGUCUUACAACAAAUCCAAAAUGUCUGGACUGCUUGUGGUGGUCAAAAGAACGUUUUAAUUACUGAAACUGGUUGGCCAUCCCAAGGUGAUGCCAAUGGUGUUGCCGUCCCAUCUGAACAAAACCAACAAGCUGCUAUUUCAUCUAUUAAGUCUACUUGUGGUAAUGAUGCUAUUUUAUUCACUGCUUUCAACGAUUUAUGGAAGGCCCCUGGUCCUUUCAACGCUGAACAAUGGUGGGGUAUUGAAAACUAA